AUGGCUUCCACAGACGCCACAGCCGAGCGCGAGGAACGCCUCAAAUCCGCCCUCUGGUACACAAUCGGCCAAUACAUUGAUGAAGAAUGCCUAACCUCGGACCUCAACGCGACACCACAAUUCAUCGGCGCAUUGACCGAACUCGUUUACACGCAAAUCGGUAUCCUCAACCCCCACCACCAAUACCCCCCAUACCUCCACCACCCGCUAAUUCAUAUCCAAGCAAACACCUCCCACGACCUCGAAGUCUUCGCCAAACACGCGGGCCGCAAGGCGAUUAAUACCGACGAUGUCAUGCUGUUGACACGCCGCAAUGAUGCGCUGGAGAGUAUGUUGAAGGGCGAGUUAGAGAGGAUGCAGAGCGCGGAGGGGAGGGGGGAUGUUGGGGGUGGGGAGAAGAAGAAGGGGAGGCCAGUUGGGAAAGGGAAGGGAAAAGCAAAGGCAUAG